CAGGCAAGUGCCUGCCUCUCCCUCGCUUGGGAUCCCCGGGGCGCUGCGUUUGCCGCGGCUGCCCACACUGAGGCUGCUCAGCUGCUGCCCGGCUAGCUGCGGAUUUUCCACCCAGGGCAUCACCUUCAGUAGAAGGACAAAUUACCUCAGUCUGUGAGCUGCCAAGUGCUGCCCCCAUCCUGUCAAAGAAAGCAGCUGGACCUGUUUUUAAUCAGCACCUCCCAGCACAAGCCUCUGGGUCACAGGGGAAGAACAGGGCAGGGUUUGAAACUUUCCAAAGACAAUUAAUACACACUGAGUGCAAAAGGCCACUUAGGUCGUCUCUGUAUGAAUCUGCUUGAUUUGAGAAGCAAACAAGAGAGGUGCAACUUUCAUCGAAGACUUCACACGGACGUACUCUCCAUUGCAACCAUAUUAUAGAUGAUGGUUAUUGAAAUAGCCCCAGCAUUUCCCACAGAGCAAAAGAUAUAGCUUGAGAAGCUAUCAGGCAAUUCCAGAACCAAGGAAUGGAUGACUACAGGUAUCGGGACAACUACGAGGGCUAUGCCCCCAGUGAUGGCUACUACCGGGGCAACGAGUCAAACCCGGAAGAAGAUGCCCAGAGUGAUGUGACAGAAGGCCAUGAUGAGGAGGACGAGAUCUAUGAGGGCGAGUACCAGGGCAUCCCUCAUCCAGAUGAUGUCAAGUCCAAACAGACUAAGAUGGCGUCCUCCAGGGCAGAUGGCCUUCGGGGCCAGGCAGACCUGAUGGCCGAGAGGAUGGAAGAUGAGGAGCAGCUGGCCCACCAAUAUGAGACCAUCAUUGAUGAGUGUGGCCAUGGGCGUUUCCAGUGGACCCUCUUUUUUGUCUUGGGUUUGGCCUUGAUGGCUGAUGGAGUGGAAGUGUUUGUGGUGAGCUUUGCUCUGCCCAGUGCGGAGAAAGACAUGUGUCUGUCCAGCUCCAAGAAAGGAAUGCUUGGGCUGAUAGUCUACCUAGGAAUGAUGGCAGGAGCCUUCAUCCUGGGGGGUCUGGCUGAUAAAAUGGGAAGGAAGAAAGUCCUCAGCAUGUCCUUGGCCAUCAAUGCCUCUUUUGCCUCUCUCUCCUCCUUCGUGCAGGGAUAUGGAGCCUUCCUCUUCUGCAGACUCAUCUCAGGCAUAGGUAUUGGGGGCUCCCUGCCAAUUGUUUUUACCUACUUUUCUGAGUUCUUAUCACGGGAGAAACGAGGUGAGCACCUUAGCUGGCUGUGCAUCUUCUGGAUGACUGGGGGCAUCUAUGCAUCUGCCAUGGCCUGGAGCAUCAUUCCACACUAUGGCUGGGGCUUCAGCAUGGGGACCAACUACCACUUCCACAGCUGGAGAGUGUUUGUCAUCGUCUGUGCUCUGCCCUGCACCUUGUCCAUGGUGGCACUGAAGUUCAUGCCAGAAAGCCCCAGGUUCCUGCUGGAGAUGGGCAAACAUGAUGAAGCUUGGAUGAUUCUCAAGCAAGUCCAUGACACCAACAUGAGGGCUAAGGGGACCCCUGAGAAGGUGUUCACGGUUUCUCACAUCAAAACACCCAAGCAAAUGGACGAAUUCAUUGAGAUCCAGAGUUCAACCGGAACCUGGUACCAGCGCUGGCUGGUCAGGUUCAUGACCAUUUUCAAACAGGUCUGGGACAACGCCCUGUACUGUGUGAUGGGGCCCUACAGGAUGAACACCCUGAUUCUGGCGGUGGUCUGGUUCACUAUGGCGUUAAGUUACUACGGCCUGACGGUGUGGUUCCCUGAUAUGAUCCGGUAUUUCCAGGAUGAAGAAUAUAAGUCUAAAAUGAAGGUGUUCUUCGGUGAGCAUGUGCAUGGUGCCACCAUCAACUUCACCAUGGAAAACCAGAUCCACCAGCACGGGAAGCUUGUGAAUGACAAGUUCAUAAAGAUGUAUUUUAAACAUGUCCUCUUUGAGGACACAUUCUUUGACAAGUGUUAUUUUGAAGACGUGACAUCCACAGACACCUAUUUCAAGAACUGUACCAUCGAGUCAACCAUCUUCUACAACACAGACCUGUACAAGCACAAGUUCAUUAACUGUCGCUUCAUCAACUCUACCUUUCUGGAUCAGAAGGAGGGCUGCCACAUGGACUUUGAGGAGGACAACGAUUUUCUGAUUUACCUUGUCAGCUUUCUCGGCAGCCUCUCUGUCUUGCCCGGGAAUAUAAUUUCUGCCCUGCUCAUGGACAGAAUCGGAAGGCUCAAGAUGAUUGGUGAGUUGCUCACAGUGGAGCAUUCGGGUCUCCUGGCCACAAUGGUUUGCUUCCCUCUCUUAAGGAAAUAUUUUACGAGGUGGCUCCAUGCUCAUCUCUGCUGUCUGCUGCUUCUUCCUGUUUUUUGGCAACAGCGAGUCUGCGAUGAUUGGCUGGCAAUGCCUAUUCUGUGGGACCAGCAUCGCGGCGUGGAAUGCUCUGGAUGUUAUCACGGUGGAGUUGUAUCCCACCAACCAGAGGGCCACAGCAUUUGGCAUCCUCAAUGGAUUGUGCAAAUUUGGCGCCAUCCUGGGAAACACUAUCUUUGCUUCCUUUGUUGGGAUAACCAAAGUGGUCCCCAUCCUUCUGGCUGCUGCUUCUCUGGUUGGAGGUGGCCUGAUCGCUCUCCGACUGCCGGAGACCCGAGAGCAGGUCCUGAUGUGAACAACCCCCUGGGAGAAGGAUGGGAAGAUCUUCUCCAGGACACCCGAGCACAGCCACGCCUCCCGCUUCUCCCCAUCCAUGUACAUCAUGGACAGCGCAGGAGGAGAAAUGGACUUUGUGAUCCCUAGUUUAGGACUCACUUCAGUUGUCAAUACAUGCCUAACUCAGGUGAUUGACUAGGGGUGCCCUGAGUCACCCUUGGGAUCCCAGAGCUCUCCAUCCAAGGCAGGGAGGGGGAGGACCCUCCAGUAAAUGAAUACAGUGAGCAAGGAGUAUAUGUUUCUCUAAAUGAGGUGCAAGGAAUUAUUUGCAUUUCAGACUGAAGUUGAGGACAAGAAUCAUUUUGGGCUCCUUCACGUAGCUCCUGGGAGCCCUGUGAUCUGGCAGGUUGCCUUGGUUGGGAGUCGGAGUCAUCACAUGAAUACUGGGUGAGGAGAACAGGAUUUACAUUUGCAUUUGAAGUAUAAUCUAACAUAUUUUCCAUCUAAAAAUUGGCACAGUAGUACUGAAGAUAUUCUGAUAUCGGAAAACCAAAUACUGAAGCAAAUUCUGUAUAGAGUGACUUUUCUACCCAAGCGUCCUCAACUUUGCACGAUGAAGAGGUGACACACUAAGAAUGAUAUUUAUUAUGAUUUUCCUUGAGUCAGAGACACUUAAGGAUAGGUAUUCUGUAAACUCAGUUUGUAUAUAACAGUUUUGAGGUUUUAUUUUGACAAAUGGUAGCUGAUCAUGUUGCCAGCAUUUCAGCCAUAUUGGGGAGGACUUGACGUUCAAGGUCCCAGGACACUAGGUGCAACUGAAUGACACUGAGCACAAUUUCAAUACAGCCGUCUAGCUUGCUGUCAAGAGAAUGCACCAAGCAAGCCAUGGGCAGUUUUCUCCACCUUGGGACUUUUCAGUUUAGUGGGGCAAUUCCAUUUCUCUCCUAUGUCAAUCACUUGUGAAACUCAAAUCCAAGGGCCCUCUGACUGCUGUUCACCCAGAAGCAACACGGAAAGUGUUUUCUGGCUGCGGGCGCUCUCUGUAUAGAGACUAAAAUAACACAGGUAACGGACUAAGGUUGGGAAGAAGUUUUUUCAAAAGUGUGAAUUCUUCCUGUUUGAUUUAGCGGGAAAGCACGAGGCACGUUUAUUAUGAUGUUCAGGCCCUACGAGAAAUUUGCGCUCCAUGUCCUGGUUGAGGACUUCUGAAACAGGCCGUUAACGUGGAAAUUAGGAAGUGACGGGUGUUACAUACAUUCAUUUCUUCAGCGUUCUAAGGGAUCUUUCCUGAGAUCCAGUUCGUACCGUGAAUGUGGAAGUAGGUGGGGAGAGGAAGCCAGGGCAAACCGCUCUGGUCGGUGUCAGCUAUCAUCUGAGGGCUUCCCUCGAUGCCGAAAGAGCAAUUUUCUUUUUGUCCAGACAAUCUAGAAAUGGUAGAGACAGGGAGCUAGGUGUUCCUGUCACUAGAUCUGCGCUUGCCUGGGCCAGGAGAGCAUCAGUCUGUAAGAACUAGUUUGCUCUCUUUAUUUGCAGCAUACCUGCUAAACUUUGCCUAUUAGACACCUCUCCAAAUCUAAAUGAGACUAAUGGCUACAUUGGAUAUUUUCUCAGUUUGGUGGGAAUGCUUAGUUCCCAUGAUAGUUUAAGCCAUCUUUCUGUAAAUCCUUGAGUAUAAAUCAGCAAGGGGAAAGUGAAUUGGUUUUUUUGAGAUCUUCCUUCCCAUCUCCAAGUCUGGCUAACAUGUUUACUCUGCUUCUCUGGUCCCCGCCUCUUGACAUCCCCACUACUUUCUGUAUAGGGAAGGAAGAUGCCACAUCAGCUCUGAUGUGAUGCCCUGAUUCCCCCAAAUAUAAAUAUAUAUAAAUAUACAGAAUGUAUCAAUGCUUCUCCUGGUGUUUUAUAGACAUUAACUAACACAACACUCUGUUGAUAGCGAGAGACUUUCUGUAAUAUAGCUCCAAUACCCUUCCUCAUUUUCUCAUGAUAUGGAAUGCAUUGGCUAGGACCGUGAGAGAAUUGUGUAAAUCUGUGAUUACGCAUCCCUCAUAGCAGCUCUCUUUAAUGGGAUAAUACAACCCAGUGAGCAGCUGCCACUUAAGAAAUGUCCAAGGCAGAGUCUACCUUUCCAGCCGGAUGGAUCUUGUAAACUUCAAUCUGAUUGCCUUUUGAGUGCAGGGGUGGCUGCAGCCCUUUGUGGGUUAACUCUGCUUAGUUUCUAAGCUCUGUCUCCUACAUUGUGUUUAUGGAUCCUUAAACCAUCUACCUAACCAACCAAGGGCAGUUCCCAAUCCAUCACUUGGGCCGUAUGAAGGAUGCAGCCAUGGUCUGCAGCCCCUCUCAUGAAGGAUUAUCUGGCCGUGGUACCUGGCCACCUCAUAACUGCUGUCAUUCCCGGUGAGAUGAAUGUGUCUUUAAAAAUAGUCUCUGUGGCAGGUCGCCGGGGGAUAAUGCACAACACUCCUAGCCAUCCAUCUCUCGUUUUGCCCUGAGAGACUCCUCAUGGCAUCCUUAGAGGGUGAAAGGGAAGGGCCAUCCCCUCAUUGAACAAGACUGUUCACAGUUCAUGAUACACUUUAUAAUGGUCAGUUUGGGAGUCAUUACUUUCAACUGGGUCGUGUUAUCUCCUGAUGCUGAGUUUUGAUCUUUCGUUUUAUUAAAACUAAUUGGUGAAAGAGGUGUCCUGUUUCUGAAAUUUGUAGCACAACAGCUUGAGAUCAUGUAAUAAAUAACUCCAUUAUCUGGG